AUGGAAGGAUUUAAAGCGAAGUAAGUAAAAUUGACCGAGUUCGACGUGAUGAACACUUUGGGAACAGGUUCAUUCGGUCGUGUUCGUCUCGCUAAAUAAAAAUCAACUGGAGAAUAUGUAGCUCUUAAAAUGCUUAAGAAAGCAGAAAUAUUACGUUUGAAAUAAGUAGAUCACAUCAUUUCUGAAAACACAAUUUUAUCAAAUAUCAACCAUCCAUUUUUGAUUAAAAUGAUUGGUUUCACUUAAGACGAUAGAUUCUUAUAUUUUGUUCUUGAAUACGUUGCAGGUGGUGAACUUUUCACAUACUUACGUAAUAAAGGAAAGCUUGAUAACCCUGAAGCCCUCUUCUAUGCCGCAUAAGUAGUUAGUAUGUUUGAGUAUUUGCACAAUAAAAAUAUUGUGUAUAGAGAUUUAAAGCCUGAAAAUAUUUUAAUUGGAUCUGAUGGUUACUUAAAAUUAACUGAUUUUGGUUUUGCUAAAUAUUGUGAUUCCCGUACUUAUACUUUAUGUGGUACACCAGAAUAUCUAGCACCUGAAAUCCUUCUUAAUAAAGGUCACGGCAAGCCUGUUGACUGGUGGUGCCUUGGUAUCCUAAUUUACGAAAUGCUUGCUGGUAUUGAUCCUUUUAAUGAUGAAGAUCCUAUGGCUAUAUAUCAAAAAAUUCUCAAAGGAAAAGUUAAAUUCCCUCGUAACUUUGAUAAGAAUGCUAAGAGUUUAGUAAAGCAUUUAUUAGUAGCUGAUUUGACAAAGAGAUAUGGUAAUCUUAAGGGAGGUGUAAAUGAUAUAAAAACUCACAGAUGGUUUGCUGAUAUGGACUGGGAUGCUCUCUUUCACAAAAAAAUCCCACCAACUUACAAGCCUGUCGUUAAGGGAAAGGGUGAUACAUCUAAUUAUAGCUCAUAUCCUGAUUCUACUGAAUUGCCUAAACCAAUUAAACCUGCUGAUGAUCCUUUCAUUAACUGGUGA